AUGCGAAACUUCCUCACGUCCAUUUCGGAAGAACCUGCAGUCCGUAAGCGCUCCAGAAGUGAGGUUCUGUCCGAAACAGCACUGGAGUAAGUUCGUUUUAUACGAAGGUUGUUUUGUCGUAUAUCAGUCUGUCGGGAAUGUAAUGUGGAUUUUGGAGUCGUAAUUCUUGUUGUAAUUACUAUAAUGUUUGUCCAAAAAUCAGCCUUUUUUCUCCAAUUCGCCAAAAAAUUUUGAUAAAUUUUUUUGACUGGUCGAUUUUUAGAGGUCAAAACUAUUAGCAUUUUCAUACUAGUCCUUCUGGAAAGUUGCCGGACUGAUUUUUGGCAUUUGUCUGUGCGAUAAAAGUCGUGGUGCGAGCGACAGCCCAGAAAUGCCUAUUGCACGGUGCAACAACCAAGAAAUGCAAAGAAAAGCUUUGCUCGCCUGAUCUAGUGGCAAAAAACGUACCAUUUUGUAUCCGAGAAGUAUCAAAAAUGUGGCAAAAUGCUUCCCUCUCCAAGUGAAAAAACUCCGAUUUCAAAAGCGCGCCCGCUCUCUCUUUUUGUGAGGGAAAUGGCAAAACGAAGUUUUUUCACUUUUAGAGGGAAGCAUUUUGCCACAUUUUUGACCCUUCCCGGGUGCAAAAUGGUACGUUUUCUUGCCACUGUAUCAGGUCCCCCACUGUAGUAAAGUGCAUGGAAAUUUUUGGCGGCAUUUCUGCAAAGGCUAUGGCCAUUGCAGGAAUGCCUAAAAAACGAUGACUGUUUUUUUAUAACGAAGAAAUUUUAAUGUGAUUUAUCAUCUCUCAUGUAUUUUUUAAGCACUAUUUUUUUGACAAGAAUCCAGAAUUCCUUCAAGAACGUUCUGCAAAACGUCAGGCCACGGACUUUUUGUACAAAAUUCGCAAAUUCUUCGUGCAAACAAAAUAAAUUAUUAAAUCGCCUUCGGGCCAGGUUUUCCGUGGCCACGAGGUGAUCUCAGGUCUUCUUUCGAAAUAAAACUUUCUUAUUUUUCGGAACAACAAGCUCUAAACUUUUGGCUUUUGACGUAAAUUGGGUAAUUCACUUGGCAACCGGCCUCUUUUUUGCUUUUUUUGAACGCCUGAGGACCGGUAAAAAAUAUUUUUUUUUUGAAAAAUUUAAUAGAAAAUGAAUUUUUAACUUUCAAAAAAAUAAUUUUUUUCCCAAUUUGACACAUGUCGGAACAUCACGUUGCAUCGUCCCAACGGGCCUUUCAACCGCUUUUUUGGCCCCUAAUUCCCCGCUCUUUUUUAUAUUAUUUGUCUGGCUUACAGCACAUGGCAUUCGUUCCGUUUUUUGCCACUGACGUUUUGAAGAUAAAAUAAAAUCGUGGAGGGGUUCAAAAAGUGGGGACAAAAGGGCGUUUGAAGGGCAAAAUGGGCUUGGUUUAGAUAGUGUAAAAAUUAAAAAUCUGCGAGAGAAAUAAAUCUUUUUUUGGUCUUUUCUUUGCGAUUUUUUCGCGGAAAAAUUAUUAAAAAAAAAUUUUUUGCGAUUUUUUUUAUUUUUUUUGCCCAAAAAUCUCAAAUUGCAAGAUAUGUGUUGAAAAUUUUUGGUUUGAAUUGCCUCCAGUUUCAUUAAAAAUUUAUUAAAAAAAUAAUAAAAAAGGCCAAAAAAUUGCAUUUUAUAUAAAAAAAAAAUAUUUUUUACUUCCUUUUCUCACGGAUUGCAAGAUUAUAAUUUUCAAAAAAUUCCAGUUUUGCCCAUCUAACCAGGAACUGCGCCUGCUCCUUCUUGAUGAGUGCCCCGUCCGCUCAGAGUGUUUUGACGUCGGACGUGAGUCGCGACUCGCCGAGACGAAGCAGUACGCCCGACAUGGAACCCGAACUGCCAAUGUUUCGAAACGCCAAGAAACAUGAUCGCUGUUUUCGGCCGGUGCAUUCGGAAAGGACGCGUGAGUGGCUCAUCUUUCGACACAUUUUGGGGAAAAUUCUGGGUCGGGGUUUUUUGAUGAUUUUUAAGUUGCAUUUUUGGUUGAAAUUUUUAUCGGAAAAUCCAAAAAAUUUGAAAAUUUGAAUUUUUUUUUGAUUUAAAAAAUAUGUUUUCCAUCAAAAAUACGUCCAAUUUUGCUGAUUGUGAGUGAAAAGUUUCGAAAAAAAUCGAAGUUUUUUCUGAUUACUUUCAACUGUUUUUACAAAUUUUACCCACAUCCCCUAGGAAUAGCUCGCAAAACAAUUCAUGAAACUGUUAGCUCAUUCUGCUCACUCGCACCGCAGAUAUUACGCGAUAUUUUUCCGAGAGAGCACGAAAAGUGAGGAGGGUCAGACGAAAAAGUCCUACGAAGUCUGUCAAAGCCGCUGAAUCAUCGGCGGACCUUUGGCGAAGGCUCGGCGGACCCUGGCGAAGACUUGCAAAGUGUCCACGUUCUCUAAUUCUAGCUGUUACUAACGUUAGUUUUGUUUACCCUUAGUUACUGUAACAUAUAAAAGACCGAAAUUUGCGGCAAAAAAAAACAAAGAUCCACUGCUUUUUUGACAUUGUUGAUGUGUAUACAUGUAAAAUACCUCAAAAUAGGUGAUAAGCUGUCCUAUGACCCGAUCAAUCUUAUUAUUUCUACUAACUAAGCCUUCUCCUAGCCUCCACCAUGGAUCGCGUCGGAAACGACGAACGCGAUCCAAAGUAUCGUUGAACCGAAAAGUCGUAGCGCCAAAAUUUUGGUCGGUUUUGAAGAUUGCAAGCUAAAAUUUUCAAACUUUUCUUAACGGUUCCCUGUUCAAAAUCGAUUUUUUUGAAUUUUCGAAUUUUAAGAUUUUUUUCCACUUUUAUUUUUAUUUUCUUUCUAAAAAAAAUUUUUGUCCGCUUUCGUUUUAUUAGGCUCCGUCUACGACAACCCGCUUCAUUUUUCGAAUAAAAAGUAAGCCUAACUUUGGAAAAUUCUGGGCCCUUCUCUCGUUUCGCCCGUUCCGAAAAAAGACCAGCCCCGAAUGCGGUCUUUAUUCGGCCAAGAACGCAUACCCGAGUAAUUAUGAGCUUUUCAAAGCGAAUUUUGAUGUUGAAAAGGGGGUUGUUUCUAUUCGGAUUUUAGCGAUUUUGUUUUCAAAAUUUUGAAAAAAAGGGUCGCUAAAACUUGACCCUUAAACUUUGCUAAACCUUUUAAGUUAGAUUAGACUUUUUAAGACACAAGCGAGAGUUUGGCUUGGCCUUUGAACAAACCUUUGACUUUUAUGCCCAAAGAUCCCAAAAAUCAGAUUAUUGAAAACUGACGUUAUAAAUAGAUGAAAUUGGAAAAAGCAGACAUAUUGUAAGUCUUCGGCGGUCUUCGCCGAGCCUUCGCCGAAGGUCCGCCGACCAUGCAGCGGCUUUGACAGACCUCGUAGGCAUUUCCUAAAUUUUUUUUGGGCAUCCACCCGCCCUGCGCCCCGUAUGAUCAAUUUUGUGUCAACCCGAACUUUCUUCGAUACGAAACGUCGGGACGAGAAUUUUUAUGCAUUUAGAUAUGUGUAAAUAUGAAAAAUAUGGGAGUUGGCGGCAAAUUUUUCGUUGGGAUUACAUUAUAAUACGUAAGGGGUUUGUCGGUAAUUACAAAAUCUGGAAAAGGGAUUAAUAAGAUUAGUGUAGGUUGUAGAUUCCUACAACCGGCUUAGGGCAGGGAAUCGCAUAAAAACUGAGGCUUGCGGGAAAUUUCAUUGGACAUGGUGGUUGUUUUCGGUAAGAAAAGGGCGUUUUUUUUUUUGCUUUUUCGAAUAUUUUUCCUCUGGUUUUGAGGCAAGGUUUUGGCAAAAAACAUUUUUGUUUACGCCUCUAAACUGAUUCCGCGCUUGUUUUCAGUGCGUCUCAGUCUCACUAUCCCCCUGUUAAUGAGAGGGUUAAAUAUGAAUGGGGCCUUGUCUGUUCAUCCUCAUCACAUCCGGGCGUAAAACGGCCCCCGUUUAGGCCGUGCCGCUUCGGGGGCACGUUUUCGGGGAGAUGCGGCUCAAAAUGACGCGCUUUAUUGUUUAUUCUCAAGUUUUAUUUACCUUCGAUUUGGGUUGUGGGCAUGGAGGAGAGACGGAUGUUGUUUUUUAAACUUUUUGGCAUUGGUUGUACUUGAAUUUCGUUGCAAUUUCGGGGAUUUUUAUUAGAGUUUCUUAGUCGGCAAUUUGGCAGGUUCAUCAUACAUCGAAACUUGAAUGUUUUUGGGGAAGGAUUGUUGAAUUUUUUGGCAUCUGCCGCUUCAUAUUUGUCUGUCGAAAAUUUCUCUUACUAACAAGAAUGGUAGAUAGAAUUUUUAUGCCCCGCGAUGGCUUGUUAAAGGCAAAUAGCCCGUUGAUAUAGUCAGCAAAGCAGUUUUUCUUCGACAAAUUGUCGAGGUACCAAGAACGAGAGCGCUGGCGGCUCAGACUUCAAAUUUCGCAAACUUUGAUCGAUUAUUUCACAAGUUACAGGGAAAAGAAUGAUUAGAUUCGUUCCGUAAAACGUAGCCUUCAGAAUUUUUGUUCAGCUACGUCCCUGCCUGUCUACAACAAUUUUUUAAAAACUCAGUCUACAACAAUGGUAUCCAAAAUAACCAAUACUCAAUAUGGGUCCGAACAUUUCUUUCAUAGCCCUCCUUUCUCCACGCAUCACUUCUCAUGCACCAAAGCAGAGCAUUAGCGAAAAACGCGAAAAAACCACGUUCUUUGCUUACGAAAUGCACUUCGAAUUCCAUUUUCGUCAUUUUCGAAUCCCCCUCUUUGAUAGACAUUGUUUUCCUCGAGGGCGGAGAUUAAAUGGGCAAUUUUCUUGCGACCAAAAAACUUUUUAAGUGUAAGCAUUUUGCUUUAUCGGACGCCAUUCGGCACUUAUUUGGCCUACGGCUAUUUUACGGGAACGUUUCGUAAGACUGGGACAUUAGGGUAUUAGUGCAAAUCCGAGAAUGUUUUGGCAGUUUUUUGUUUUGAAAGUGAGAUUUUUUACGGAAAUUUUGUUCUCUUUGAUCGCAGGCUAAUUUUUGGCGUGAAUCUUUUGACCUGAAAUCCCGAUUAUUUCUGCAAAUUGCGAGCCAAAAAUCUCGUAUGUUCUCUUGAAAGUCCUGGUUUGUAUUUGUCCGAAGUUUCUGUGGAAUCCGAACGGCGCAUCUGGAGCUACUUUCCUUUAAUGUCCGCUGCAAGUUUUGAGUUACUAAAUGUUGACAGGAAAUUUUUUAGGAUCUUUUUUAUAAACAAUAGCUUUCAUUCCUCCGAAUUGGUUAGAAUAAAGAGAAUAAAGAGAUUAGGGAGGUUUUAAUUUUGGUGCUUCCGCCGUGAAAUCCUUUCCCGGAUAUGUAACACCUCCACUUUAAUCUAGAAUUUGAUUUCUUGCCAAUUUUUGGCUUCUAGUUUUGAAAGAUUCGUUUUUUGAGAUUGUUCGGAAACAUGUCCCCGCCGUUUUACGGAAUUAAAAGUCCAAAUCCCGCUCUCAGCAAUCCCGGAAAUGCCUAGACCGCUUUCUCUGACGCAGUAUGACUUCAUAAAUGCAUAUAAAAGAGCUCGUUUUGUUUGGCGUUUUGACGGUUUCCAUGUGCAAUUCGAUAGCCUUUUGGUCUGCCCUAAUAUCGUCUAAUAUUUUCUUUCAAAUUUCGAGACGAUGAACCUGCCGAGUCGACACAAAAUGAUGGCCAAAUUGCAACGAGGUUUGAGUCUUUUCAAUUGUAAAGUUUGUCAUAAAUUUUUUACAAAUUUUUCAUGAAAAGUUACCCCAAAUUUGAAGCUUUGAUGCAACGAAAUCUAAGGAAAAUUUGGAAUAAGAAUUUUUAAGAAACAUGGAAGACUUUUAGCUUGCACUUUGCAGAAAGAAUAGACAUUUUUAGGCCAAAAGUUGGUAAAAACCCAAAAAUUUAAGUUGGAUUUAAAAAAAAUUCUCUCUGAAAUUAGAAGCGUUUUUGUUCGUUAAAUGAACCAUCUUUCUACAUAAAAAUUCCUUUUUCACAGAGAAAUUCGAAAAGUUGCAGUCGAAAAACGCCUUUCAUCCGAUCGACCCUCCUCAUUUUGUAUGCUCUCUCGGAAAAGAUUGCGCAAUAGCUCGGCGGUGGUUGCAAAGUGGGAGCUAAAAGUUUAAGGGAAAACAAUCUAGUUUGAUCUGAAGUAAGCAUGCCAACUUUCAGGAAUAUUGAAGCUUCACUCUUGAGGUAUUACCCUUUUUGAAUCAGGGUAUUAAAAAUCAAAAUUUUGAAGUCUUUUUGAUUUUUUAAGGCUUAAAUAAGGCUAUCUAGCGUCUGUAUUGCAAAUUUUAAAAUUUGAGGGACCUAUCUUUUCUAUCGAAUAGGCUUGGACUUUUAAAAUUCACUUUUAGUGAACACAAUUGGCGAAAUCUUGGACAGAAAGCGGUCGGUGGCAAGGAUAAUGUCCCAGACGGCGGAUGGGCUAAAUCACAGCUUUGAAUUCAAGAAAUGCUCACCCGAGGACGUUGUCUACGACCUGUUCAAGGUCCCCGGGAAAGACGAAGCCUCUAUUGGAAGGCUGGUCAGUGUUUUGCGGAGCUUGGGCCUCAGGGAAGACGAUCCACGACUGAUUGCGACUAUGGAAAAAAUCAAAGAAUACGAUCACAAUAUGAAUGACGAUUAUGAUGUGAAACGAUAUCGGUUGCCAAGGGAACAGUUUAAAGAGUAAGCAAGAAGAGUGUAAGGACGAUAUAUCCGAAUUUACAGAUGUAUUCACCCAAGUAUAUCGUUGAUAUCCCAAGCCCUACGAAACGAGCUGAUCAUUCCGUCGUGGAAAGAGUUCACGGACAAAAUCGCCGAGAUCUUUGAAGAUGUAGGUAGCACGGUUAUUGUUGGCCAAGGCUGCAAAUAAAAAAGCAGUUUAAAUUCGAUUUUCAGUGCCGUUCCUGUACGGAUGGAAAUGUGGCCACCUAUAUCCCACAAUUGGCUCGACAAGACCCCAACCGUUGGGGAAUGUCGGUCUGCACCAUCGAUGGGCAACGAUUCUCGAUUGGUGACGCGAAAAUUCCGUUUUGCUUUCAGUCAGUGUCCAAGGUAAGUGGCGGAAACAGUAGGUCAACUUUGGGUCUUCAAAUAGCAUAGACUUCUACAGGGAAGCUCUGGCUGGCCUGGAAAAUUUUCCUUUGCCGACAACCUGGGAAAUAGUGGAUCAAGAGGGUCAAAAAUUUUAUGUUUAGAUCGUCUGGGGACCUUGUUUGUUUGGUUUGAAAAGGGUGUUCGCCUGAGAAAUAUAAAAAGGCCAAAUAUUCAUUCUAAACAGAAAUCUUGACCAUGUCAAUGUACCGUUUCCCGAGACCGAUCAAAAAGUCAUUUUGCAAAGCUUAUCGACAUCAAAUUUGGGUUAAUUUGGGUUACUUUCGAUUUAUUUUCACCCUUUUCUUAAUUAAAUCAAUGCCCAUUCCCAUAGAAGCCCCAGUUCAUCUUUUUUGCCCCUGAAGAAGUGUUAAUAUAAGGCGCGUGCGUUCUACUUCUCUUCGGACUUCCUCGCAGAAAACCCGCAUUUCUUGUCUGUGGGCCCGCUAGACAAGAAACGCGCAAUUCUUGUCUAAAAUUGCGUAACAUUGCGCAAUAUUGCGCAAUUUUCUGUUCUCUCCCCGUGAAGAUUUUUUUCUUUUUUUCUCUGCUCAGCCAAGAAUUGCGCAUUUCUUGUCUAGCGGGCCCACAGACAAGAAAUGCGGGUUUUCUGCGAGGAAGUCCGAAGAAAAGUAGAACGCACGCGCCUUAUAUUGCCUUUGUAGGCCUUUAACUACGCGAUCGUCUCCUCGGACCUCGGCUCAGACUAUGUCCACCAAUUUGUCGGCCACGAGCCCUCGGGCCGUUUGUUCAAUGAGAUUUGUCUGGAUGCGAAUGGAAAACCGCAUAAUCCGAUGAUAAAUGCGGGCGCUAUCGUUGUCACUUCUCUCCUGAAGAACGGGCUUUGCAUGGCGGAUCGAUACGACUUCGCCUUCAACGAGUACAAAAAGCUGUCCGGUGGAGACUACGUCGGCUUCAACAACGCGACUUUUUUGUCGGAGCGCGAAACGGCGUCGCGAAAUUUCGCGUUAGCGUUUUUCAUGAAGGAGAACAAGUGCUUCCCGCCUGGAAUUCAGCACCUCCGAGAGGAGUUGGACCUCUACUUUCAAUUGUGCUCGUUGGAGACGCAUUGCGACAGUGCGGCGGUGAUGGCGGCGACGCUGGCCAACGGAGGUAAGAUUAUGUUAAAAAAGGUACUGAAAUGUCACUGUUAUAAAAACCCUAAACCUAUGUGUUCUAAUUGGACAAAUAGCUUUUAAUUUGGUAGCAUGUAUGUGCACGGUUCAGCCGAUAUAACUUAUUGCUUCAUGAGCCCUAAAAAUAUUAUACUAAAACGUUUCGUUCCAGGUGUCUGCCCUCUAACCGGCGAUGUUUGCAUCGACUCUCGGCCCUGUCGAGACGUUCUCUCGCUCAUGUAUUCGUGCGGAAUGUACGAUUACUCGGGUCAAUUCGCAUUCCACGUGGGAUUGCCGGCCAAGUCCGGCGUCUCCGGCAACAUGAUCAUUGUGAUUCCCAACCUGAUGGGCAUUUGUUUGUGGUCGCCGCCGUUGGACAAGCUCGGGAACACUUGCCGAGGCGUGAAAUUUUGCCAAAAGCUCAUUGAGACAUUCAAUUUUCACAAUUACGACUCUUUAUUGCAUGCGGAUUCGCAGAAAAUCGAUCCAAGGCGAGCAAUGGGCUCGAGAGAGACGGAUCUGGUGGUCAGUCUGCUGUUUGCAUGCAAAAACGGCGAUUUCGAAACGGUUAGACGGUAAGGUUUUAAUUUAUCUUUAACGUCAAAUAAUUAAUGAUGAAAUGUAAUUAAAAAAUUCAAAAAAAUUUUUUCUGUGUACCCCAGAAAUUUACAGUUGGAAAUGGCUCGAAAUUUGGCAUACAUAAUGUAGGCAGCCUAGAGGUGGCAAUCGGGCCGGGCCGGGCCGAAUUUUGCGGCCCGGCCCGCGGGCCGAAGUGACCAGGCCGGCCCUGGGCUUUUUCAAAUUUGCUCAGGCCCGCUACUGCAAAAAGGUUGGAUAAAACUCUAUGCACUCUCUACUGGAACUUUUUAUGCCUUCCCGCGGGGUUUUACGUCUAUAUGAGUGGAAUUAAAACGUCUAGUCGGCUGACUGGAACAGCCGAACAGGUACCUAAAACCUAGCCAAAAGUUUGGAUUGUGUCGAUUUUUUUUAUCCUAUAGGAAGUUAACUAUGUAAAAAUCUGGACCUUAUGAGGCUACAUGUUUAAUCAAAAACUGCGUAGAUACGUUCAUUUACAUCAAGUAAUCGAAUUACUGUGAAAUGUUUAAGCUUAUCAUCAAAAAUUCGAAGAUUUGCCCGAUCCUUGCAUAUUUGGGUGGGAUUUUACAUAUACAUAAUCAGUGAUUUUAAAGAGUUUGAAAAGGUGGUAAAACAGUCUAUUAGUCAAAAAGGUUUGAUUUAAUAUCCAUCCAACAAUUCUGCUAAGCAUUUGUGCUUUAUUUUGCUGGUUCAAUAUUAAUUUUUUUUCACUUAUCCACCUUCCGGGCCGGGCCGAGCCGAAAGUCUCGGCCCGGCCGACGGGCCGAAGCGGUCAGGCCGGCCCUGGGCUUUUUCAAAUCUGCUCAGGCCCGGCCCGGCCCGGCCCAAUCACCGGGCCCGGCCGGGCCGGGCCGGGCCGGCCCAGCCCGAUUGCCACCUCUAAGGCAGCCCACAAAUCAUACCCUGAAAAUUGUAGUUUGUAAAUUUCACCGAGAGCCGAGAUUUUACGAAAUCUUUUUUCGAGAGAGCACGCGAAAUGAGGAGAGCUUGUCAGACAAAAAAAGGGUUUUGGCUAUAUCUUUGUGGGUUUCGCUUGGAAACGGCGGAUUUUUUUGUAGAUAUUCGCUCUAGUUGCGAUAGAUCGUGACAUCUUGAAGCGGAAAUUCGAAAAAAAAUCUAUAAGUUUUUUUAUUUAUGAUCUUGCUUGAAAAUUUCAAGAAAAUUUCAAAUUACAAAAAAUCCCAACUUCCAGACUCUACAUCCAAGGAGAGAAUCUGAAUGUAGUCGACUAUGACGGUCGAACCGCCCUUCACUUGGCGGCAUGCGAAGGGCACGCGAACAUUGUCAAAUUCCUCCUCCAAACCUGCAAUGUUGACCAUUCGAUCCAGGAUCGGUGGGGGAGGACGGCGUUGGAUGAUGCGCGGUUAUUCCAUCAUCAUGCCUGCACUUCGCUGCUUCUCCGUGCCGGGAAACCGGUCCAUCAUGGAGGAAGUAAGGUGAAGAACAAGGCCAUUUAUGAUGCUGCAAAUGCGUAAGUUGCGAAUGUGGUGAAACCUCUGUGCAUGGGCCAACCCGUCCUGUAAAGAAUUUUUGUGGUCUCUCGAGAGAGUUUUGGGCGAAAAAACGUAAAAUAUACGACCACCUGAAGUUUACAGUGGGCGGACCUGAUCCAGUGGCAAAAAACGUACCAUUUUGCAUCCAGGAAGUAUCAAAAAAUGUGGCAAAAUACCUCCCUUUCCAUGUGAAAAAACUCCGAUUUCAAAAGCGCGCCCGCUCUUUUUGUGAGGAAAAAGGGCGCGCCCUUUAAAACACAGUUUUUUUCACUUGGAGAGGGAGGCGUUUUGCCACAUUUUUGAUACUUUCUGGAUGUAAAAUGGUACGUUUUUUGGCGUACCAUUUUGCCGUACCAUCAGGUCCCCCACUGUGACUGUAAUUGCGACAAUUUUUAGCGCAACCGAAGUGGCAAGUAGUACCAGCGAAGAGGAGCCUCAGGGCUGCGGUGUGAUGAUGUUGGGAAGUGGUGAAGAGGAUUGCGAAGAGGUCCACAAACCCAGCUUCCAUUUGCCUUCGCUUCAUUCGUCGUCGGAGGACGGUAAGUUUAGGAUCGGAACCCAGCAAUGGGGAAGAGGACUAGACCAACAUUUUUUGGCUUCUUUUUUGAUUGGCCAUUGUAAAUUUUGGGAUGGUAAACGUUGGCGGACUUUAUCCAGUGGCAAAAAACAUGCCAUUUUGAAUCCGGGAAGUGUCAAAAAUGUAGCAAAAUACCUCCCUCUCCAAGUGAAAAGGCUCCGUUUUGAAGGGCUCGCCUAUUCCCUCACAAAAAGAGCGGGCGCGCCUUUGAAAUCGGAGUUUUUCAACAUGGAGACGGAGGUAUUUUGCUACAUCUUUUGAUACUUCCUGUAUGCAAAAUGGUACGGUUUUUGCCACUGGAUCAGGUCCCCCACUGUAUUUUUUUCGGCCAUAGUAAGACUUGGCUAUCAAUUCAAAAAGCUACAAAAGAUUUUUUUGAAAGGCCGCGCUUCGGCAAGAAGCCGGCUAAACUCUCGGUUUAGAAUCGGUGUUUGUUCGCUUGCCUGUAGCGUUCUGGGACUACACACAAGAGCUGUAACUUUUAAAAAUUCUGUUGCUGACGAGUUGUUGCAUUCCAAAAUCGUUUUUUCAGUCAAAACCCCACAAAACGACGCCAACCCCCUGAUUCCGAACGGCGAAACGGUGGAGGAGCUGCUGCGGAAUGCGCAAUUAAACGAUAAGCCCAAGGAGAAUGGCGUCCGAAGGGAGCAAUCCCCAACGCAUGUGCAGUUUGACCAUUCCACACACAAAUGA